AUGUCUUCCCCAGGGGAUGCAGGCGUGGCUAUAGAUUCCACCGUUCUGAAAGCAAUUGAAUUAGGAACGAGACUUUUUAAAUCUGGAGAAUAUUUGCAAGCGAAAAGAAUAUUCACGAAUGCUUUAAGAGUAUGUGAUUCUUACUCUCAGGAGCAAAUUGUGCGCAUCAGAAACGCGUAUCAAUUAGAUACUGCGAGACCGGAUAAGAAACAAUUAUAUCAUCCUAGAUAUUUAAAGAUAUUGGACAACAUCUGUGCGUGCUACGAAAAAUUGAAUGAUUUGAAAUCCUGCUUAAGCGUAUCACAAAGGUUACUUAAGUUAGGACCAGGUAAUAUCAAAUGCUAUAUACGAUGUACAAGAACAUUGAUAAAAUUAAAAGACUGGAAGGGGGCCUAUAAAACAUGUUCUCGUGGACUGCAAUUAUGCGAUAACGAUAGUCCUCAUUUAAGACAACAAAAACAAUUCAUUAAAGACAACAUGGUGCAAAAACAGGAUGACAAGAGAAAGUAUAUAGAUCCAUUAGAAGAGACAAAAGCAGUAAAGAGGAAAAAAACCAGUAAUGUUACACAAUUGCGACAACCAAAGAAGAAGAUAAAAGAUACCAGCGGGAAAACUGAUUUAGUUGGCAAUUUACCGAUAGAGGUGCUACCUAUCAUACUCCAAAGAUUUACCAGUAGAGAACUCGUUAUGCUGUCGUUAGUUUGUAACAAAUGGAGAGACAAAAUUUUAUAUCAUUUAGACUGUUUCCAAGAAUUUAAUUUGACAGCAAUCACUUUUAAAAAUUUUGUAAAAUUCAUGGAUUUUUUACAGCAGAAUUUCACCAGGACAUACAGAAAAUACAAUCUUUCACAACUGAAAAUUACUUCCAGAAUUACUUCCGAAGAGUUGCGAAUAGCUCAACUGUUAUUUAGUAAAAUGCCAAAGUGUAUAAACUUCGAACGGCUCAUACUUUCAAUGCCAACGCUAACUACAGCACAAUUCAUCAAGUUGAUGGUUAGAGAAAGCGCAGGCUUUUUUUUAGAAUUGCUGGAAUUAUCUCUCAUGAUAACUUAUAGGCCUGAUAAACAACAUGAAUGGGAGAUACUCCAGAAUUGUCCUCUGUUGAAAAAAAUAGAAUUAAUUUUUGUGAAUUCAUUGGUAUCCAUCUCCAACAGAAAUAAUAGCAUUGGAAGCGAUAGCAGUUUCAAUAUGAUGACCGGUGAUGCCAAUAUGCAGACGUCCGCUGAAGAUCAAGAUGAACAAGGGAUCAUACAAGAAAAAGUUAUUUAUAAUGAGCUAGAAAAGAUAACGUUGAUAUGUGACAAGAAGAAAAUUAAGAAUUUCCCACUUUGCCGUGCUCUAUCAAGAGGCCAGUUUCCUUUAUUGCAGAAACUGACAGUAACCGGUGUAACAUUUCCCAUGAAUAAUCAAGGCAUAAUAAACUUUGAAUGGUUAUUGAACUUCCCAAACCUAAAAGAACUAUGGAUAGAAGAUAACGAUAACUGUGAACUUAGCAGGUUUCUGCAAUUGUUGAAACGUUCAAAUGUCUGGAGAAACUUGAAGAAGUUGACCUUUAGAGAGAACAAACUAUAUCCAAUUAUUGAUUUAGAUGAAGAUUUACCCGCUGCUAAUAACGAUGAGAUGCCAUCCGUUCUAUUCUACAGGGAGAAUCUCCAAAACCUGGAAAUGUUGGAUCUAAUGGGGACGUCAAUGAGUGGUUCUGCGUUGAGUAGAUUAUGCGAACAGAAGUAUCUGGAUGGUGAGAAGUUAAGAAGUUUAAACAUUGGGAACUGUCCCAACAUCCAAUUCCCAAAUAAUCAUGUCCACACAGCAAGGAUGGUAUUGGAUGUGAAUUCAGUUUUAAAGAGACUCUCCAAAUUAGAAGAGAUUAAUUUAUCACACCUUAGCUCCUUGAAUGAUAGUACGAUGAAGUCAUUCAUUAUCAAUGUACCAUUUUUGGAAAAUUUGAAAAGGCUUGAUAUUUCGCACAAUUUUGAAAUCACAGGAAUAUCAAUAUACGAAUUUUUAAAAAAAUUUCAGUUGGAUCACGACAACGACACAGGAGGUCAGCCACUGACAUAUUUAAAUAUCGACGGCUGUUCUCAAGUGUCCCAUAUCACAGUUAAUAUGAUCCGAGCCCAGAACUUGGUUACUCGAGUGGAUUGUGUUUAUGAAAGGGACGUAUGGAAACAAUUUGGAAUUAAUUCAUAUUCGUACUCAUAG